AUAGCCACGUCAACUUUAGGGGAAAGAUAGAAUUACUCUUGAGGAAUUAAAUGAUCAUGAUUGCAAAGAUUUUUUAUCUCCUUCAAUAAAAAGAUUUUGAAAUGAUGACUGCUUCAGAGAGCUCAGAAGACAAAGCAAAUGCGUUUAAGUUGAUGAGAUUAAUUGUUGAUCUUGGUGGUGAGGCUUUGCGAAUCACAUUAAAAAAACAACUGUCAGGUAUUGAUUUAUUUCUUGUCUUAUAUAACCCUACAAAUAAGGCAAAACUUUCGAAAUUAAAGAAUAAACUAAUUGGUCAAGAACAGUGGAAUUUACUUUAUCCUAGUCCUCCAACAUUGCCAAAUGAAAAUGAUUUUGACAUUACUUUACUUUAUAUUCUCCUGCGCAAUAUUUGCAAUUUAAAACCACCGAAUGAUUCAAUUUGGAAAAACAUUCCUAAUCCUACUGAUCAUUCAACUGAAGCAGAUAUUACCCGUAUCAGGUUAUUUCGCAAUGAUCGUUUCGCUCACUUACCUAACACUUCAGUAAGCUUUGAUGACUUUCAAUGUUUUUGGGUGGAAAUAACGAACCAUUAGUUCGCUUAGGAAUAACUCAGGGAGAUAUAGAUCGAUUGAGAAAUGCAGAAUAUGUUUUGUCAAAAAAACUUGUGAGUUUCAACUUUGAGAGUGAAAUUACGCAUCACUAUGAACAAUUUUUAGAAGGAACGCGGGAAUGGGUUUCUGAUGAGUUUUUAGCUUGGUUCGAUUGCGAUACAUCCAGAAAUCGUGCAUUUGUUAUUUCCGCUGCUGCCGGCAUGGGUAAAUCUGUAAUUGCAGCUACCUUGUGCAAACGUUAUCCUCAAUAUUUGAGUGCAGUUCAUUUCUUUCAACACAACAACAGUCGUUACAAUAAAGCCAUUACACUUCUUCAAUCUUUACCUUUUCAAAUUGCUCAUACUUUUCCUGCUUAUCAACAGCUUCUUGAAAAAAAACUUUCUGUUGAACUCUCUGAGUGUUUGGGUAGCAUGAAAAUAGAAAAAUUAUUUACCUUGCUUUUCACUGACUUGUUUUCCGAAAUCUUGACACCUCCCAAGCGAAUUCUAAUUGUGCUAGAUGCUCCUGAUGAAUGUGGUUAUCCAGAAAGAGAUGACCUUACCAACUUGAUUGUUAAUCAUUUGCACAAACUUCCACAUUGUUUUCGCUUUGUAAUUUCAACAAGACCCAACGAAGUUUCUUUAAACACGUUCGAAAAAUUAAAUCCGCUAUUUAUUAAAUGCAGUGAUGAUCGCAACUUGAACGACAUUAAAUUAUUGGUCGAUGAAAGAAUUGGCUCUUCUGACAGUCUUUUAGAUCUAAAAAAUGAUUUAGUAGACAAAGCCGACGGACAUAUGUUGCUUGCAUCUCUUCUCUGCAAUGAAGUUAAGAAUCAAGGUUUGUCGAAUGCAUCCAUACCAAAAAAUUUAGAUGAAUAUUAUGAAACCUACUUAAAACGGUUAGGUAAAGAAUUAGAGUUGUUUAAAAUAGAGGAGGAAAAAUUUCUGUCAGCAUUAGAUGCCUUGGCGGUUGCCAAAGAACCUCUUCCUUGGAAGAUAAUUGAGGAUAUACUUUGUUUGAAUUCAACUUGCAUAUCCAUCAAGGUUAGAAAAAUUAUCUCUUGUCUGUUUGUCACUAAUAAAGAAGGGUGUGUUUCUUUUUUUCACAAAUCUACAACUGAUUGGUUGUUGGUUGAUUGUGAACAUGAUUAUUCGGUAAAAACUUCUUUGGGUCAUCUACUUGUUUUAGAAUUUUGUUCAAAAACUUUGGAUGAUGUCAUAACUCUCAAAGUAAAUUUUGACAUCAUUCAGCAUGCUUCAUUAAGGUAUUCAGUUAAUUAUUGGUUGCCUCAUAUGCUUUCUGCUCGUGAUAAUGAUUGUAUCGUUAAAAAUGUUUGUAAAUAUCUUGUUGACUUGGAAGUUUUAAUUGCUUCUAUAUUUGUUGAUUUUAGUCAGACUUGUGAAAAUUUUAAGUUAUUUAUCGCACAUGAGACGUACUUUCAUCUUUCUGAGGACACUCGACUAUUAUUUAAUGAUCUUUAUAGUUUACUAUCGUGGAAUGAAUGGUUUGACAAUGAAAUAAUUUUUUUGCUAAACGUUGUCAACCAAAUAAAAGAUCUUUCGUCCCAAGCCACCACAAUGCUUCAAACACGUUUCAAAGACUCCCCAUAUUUAGAGAGCAGAGACACAUGUUUUGGAAAGGCGCUAUUAUUACGUUUGUUUCAUUCUUUGAUUUCAAUCGAUGUUUCAUGAAGUCAUGAUUACGUCAUCUGUGGUUAUGAAGGGUUUAUCGUUCAACUUUUUUCAUUGAAAACAAACAGGUGUUUAUGGAUAAAAAACUUAGCUAGAGAGUUAGAGAAAAUUGAAU